UCAUGCUAAGGAAGUGUGACCGUAUACAUGCAGCGGCGUGCGGGCCCAGCCACCUGUCACCGGCUUGAGCACUAAUAAACGUUUCCAAAACAUAAGUGGAUGUCAGUUUUCAUAUUGCAUGUAGUUAAGUGUCGGUUUGACAGCCAGCGGUUUGACAAUGGGAGCAAACAACAGUACCCGCCGCGUUUCAUUUGAGUCAGAUGAGAACGACAACAUUACGGUUGUGAAGGGCAUACGGCUCUCUGAGAAUGUCAUCAACCGCAUGAGGGAGCCUGCCGUUCCCCCGAAGCCCCGCUCACACUCAAAUGCUGCCACUCCGCCUCCUCCCCUUGCAGCUGCCCUCACUCCCUCACCACUCCUGAGGCCAGUGCCACCUCCUUUUGACCCCAUCACCUCCUUGCCUCCUCCUCCCCUUGUAGAAACCAUUGUUCCUCAAGCACCUCCUCCGCCAGCCCCAUCUGCCACCGAGGAUGUGGCUGCACCUGCACCACCUCCUCCUCAACCUCCCAAGGAACAGGUAGCAGCACCCACCAUCAUUGAUAUGGUGAUCCCGUCCCCACCAAUCACGACUGCUGCUAAUGCUGUCGCUACUCCUGCUUUUGAGCCCGUGGCAGCACCUCCUCCUCCUCCUGCUGUUGUUGAGCCGGUAACUUUGCCUACACCCCUCCCUCCUCCUCCUCCCCCUCCCACUCCUGCUCCCAUUGAACCCCUUACUCCUGCUCCCUCCUCUGCUCCGGUUGUGGUGGAAUCUGUAACUCCGCUUGCUCCCCCUCCCCUUGUAAUUGAACCUUCUCCUCCUCCCAUGAUUGAACCCAUUGCACCCCCCACUCCUGCAGUUGAACCCAUUGCUCCUCCCCCUGUAACUGAAUCCAUACUACCUCCUCCCCCUGUCAUGAUUGAACCCAUUGCUGUCCCCCUGCUUCCUGAAUCGGACCCCAUCUCCUCCUUUCCUGUGGUUGAGCCUGUCACCCCCUUGCCACCACCCCUACAUCCUCCAAUGGACGCUUUGCCUCCGCAGCCUGCUGAUCCAAUUGCUGCGCCUCCCCUGGCUGAGUUUAUUGCUCCUUGUGAACCAGUUCCACCUCCUUCUCAGCCCCCAGCAGAGCCAGUAUCUUCUCCUCCUAUCCCUGAGCCAGUGGCAGUCGUGGAGCCUUUGGCAGCCCCUGAGUCAGCUCCGGUCCCACCACCUCCUGCUGCACCAGCUGUUGAUGAAGAGGCCCUGAGGAAGAAGAUCACUGAUGAGCUGUAUAAAGGCUUGGAGCAGGAGAGGGCGAAGGCAGAGCAAGAGCUUCAAGCCUGGCUCGAGGAGGAGAAAGCCCAGGCAGCAGCGUUGGCUCAGGCCCAGGCUCAGUCCCAGGUCCGGGAUGAGGUAGCUAGCAUCCUGGCCGCAGAGCGAGCCAUGGCCCACGACAGCCUCCAGCACGCCAUCAUGAGGGAGAGGGUCACUGCUGAGGAUGAGAGGCUGCGCGCUCAGCUUCUUGAGAUUGAACGCAAGGCCAAGCAGCUGGAGGCCAGAGAGUCUGACCUAAAGAAACAGGAUGCUUUCUACAGAGAGCAGGUGGCCAGGCUGGAGGAGAGGAGUGCACAUUUCUACAAGGUCACCACAGAGAACUACCAUAAGGCGGCUGACCAAGUCAAUGCCAAGUUCAAGCGGUAUGAGAUGUAUCCUGUGUGUGCAGACCUGCAGGGCCAGAUCCUCAAGUGCUACCGAGAGAACACGGGCAAAACCCUCGAGUGCUCCAACAUAGCAGCGCUGUACCUGCAGUGUGUCAACAAUGCCAAACAGGAUGGCAAGCAUGUACAUGCACCAUCAUGGACAACAGAUAUAACAAGUUGAGGACCGGGGGUUAAGGCGACGGUGCUGAAAACAGAAAGCAAGAGAGAGAGCCAUUGAGAGUUAGUUGUGUGGCAUUACUGAUUAUCGACCGACUGACAGACACAUCCAACGGGAAUGAAUGGAAGAAGCCACGAAUGAGUUAGCACCAAGACACACACCCUCAAACCCUGUGGAGAACCUGAACCUGAACCGAACCUGACGAAAGGCAGUGAACAUAGCACCCCAAGAGAAAUAGACACCCUUUCUCCACCACCCUACCUCUACCUCACAACCCCAACGACACUUGUCUAUCUCUCCAACCGAGAAAAGACCAGAGACACCAGGAGCAGCAUCAAGUCAUAGCACAGAGGCAGCAGUGCUGUGCACCAUGUGGGAGACACAGCAGAAGUGGGCAAGACCCAGGAAACUGGAGCUUGGUCCACCAGAACUAAAACAAAGCUUGACUGAACCAUCACAAAGAAGCCAGCCACCUCUGUCACAAGCCACGCUUGGACUUGUCCACUCCCAUCCACCCUUAGUUAUGCCAGCACCUUUAGGAUAAUAAAAGUUUGUUUCUAAUAUGAGUUACAAUCCAAAGCCAUUAUAUGUCAAGAUCAUCCCAAAAUAGUAACAAUCCACUCUAUUUUUCCAGUCCGCAUUGCACUAUCCUGUACACAGACACGCAUACACAUCCAUCUGUUGUUUGCAUCUGUACAUGCUUGUGUUCAUGUUAUGUUAAUAUUGUAACUAUCUAUGUGUUGUGUUACUCAUCCAAACCAACACUUCUGACAAUGUCUGAUCAGAGGAAAUAAAAGAAACUGUGCAGGAA